AUGGCUCUUGUGCGAAAACGCCUCGAUGUCGUCGUCUUCGACGAUGACGUGGCUCGAAUCGAGCACGGCGCGGUGGUGCUGGUGACGAAGGAGAUUAAAGUGGACGUCGAGCGCUUGCCGAAGAGCGUGCGAUUGAUCGCGGAGGCGGGCACGGGGACGGAUAACAUCGACGCGACCGCCGCGGCGAGGCGCGGGAUCGCGGUGUGCAACGCGCCGGAGUACUCGACCGACGGCGUGGCGGCGUUGGUCGUCGCGUACGCGAGCGCGGCCGCGGUGGGGCUGUGCGAACGACACGCGGCGCUGCGGAAGGGGGAUCGGCGAGAUUUUAACCGCGAUUUCAGUGGGUUGACGACGUUUCCGACGAUGUUCGAGCUGCGAGGGAAGACGAUCGGGCUGAUCGGCGGGACGGGAUCGAUCGGGAGGGCGGUGGCGAGGGCGUGUCGAGCGCUCGGGAUGCGGGCGACGUGUCACUCGAGGAGCGCGCGCGACGAGGAGGGGUUGUGGGAGGCGGUGAGCCUGGAGACGCUGCUCAGGACGUCGGAUUUUGUGAGCGUGCACUGUCCGCUGACGGAGGAAACGCGCGGGAUGAUAGAUGCGGACGCGCUCGCGAUGAUGAAGCCGACGGCGCGGUUGAUCAACACGGCGCGAGGCGCCGUAGUCAACGAGAGAGAUUUAAUAGUCGCGCUGAGAGAGAAGCGAAUCGCCGGCGCGAUGCUCGACGUGCAAGAAAACGAGCCCCCGUCCGACGAUUCGCCGUUGUACACGCUGGAGAACGUGUACUUGACCCCACACAUAGGGUGGAAGCGCGUGGAGACGAGACAACGCCUCGUGGACAUGGUGGCGGCGAACGUGGAGGCGUUUCUCAGAGGUGAGCCGAUUAACGUGAUCUCGCCCGCGUGA